AUGCCUAUCCCACACCAAGUUGCUUUCAAACCGCUGACCAAGCCCGAGGUUGGUGUCAAUGGCUAUGUUGAGCCAUCGCCGGGGAAGUCAGAAAUACUUCCCAAAGGCUCCGCGCCAUUCAAUGCUAGGAAACUCGACUCCCACGUUCGCAUUGACCAUGAUGUGGAAAUUAUUGUCCGAGACGGCUGCCGACUCUACGUUGACGUCUACCGACCAAGGAGCGACGAAAAGGUCCCAGUGAUUGUAUCAUGGUCACCAUAUGGCAAGAAGUACUCUGCCCUUGACAUGAUUUUCAAUGUCUGCAAUUGGUCAUGUUGCCUCGAGCGCGGAGAUGUGAGCGGGCUGGAGAAAUUCGAGGGCCUGGAUCCGGCUUGGUGGGUAGCGCGAGGCUACGCCAUUGCCAGUGUCGAUAUCCGAGGAGCUGGCAACAGCGACGGCGAUGCGCCCUGUAUGGGAACACAAGAAGCCGAGGACGCACACGAUGUGAUCGAGUCUCUCGCAAAGUUGGCGUGGUGUGACGGCAACGUUGGUAUGGCCGGCAAUUCAUAUCUCGCUAUCAUGCAAUGGCACGCGGCUGCUCAGAACCCUCCAUCACUCAAAGCCAUUGCGCCCUGGGAGGGAUCUGGAGGCAUCUUCCGAGAGCAAUUCUGUCGAGGCGGAUGGUUUAACAUGAGCAACUAUGAUCUGAUCACCACGCUGGUCAUUAAGGGCAAUUCUGGGGUCGAGGAUGUGGCGGAGAUGUACCGUCGGAGUCCACAAUCCAACACUUACUGGAAGGAUAAGCGAGUCGAUAUGAAGAAGAUCAACAUUCCAUGUUUCAUUACGGGAUCCGACUUCAGUCAGAUACAUACUAUGGGCGCUAUUCGAGGAUGGAUGGAGGUCAACACGGAUAAGAAGUGGAUCAAAUGGAGUGGUUACCAAGAGUGGUUCGAGAUUUACGCGGUACCAGAGAGCUACCUGGAGCUAAAGGAAUUCUUCGAUAAAUACCUCAAAGGUAUUGACAAUGACUGGGAAAAGACACCCAAAGUACGCUGGACAACUCUUCCUUUCGGCGACAAAGACGUGACAAGCGACAUCGUCCUCCCCGACUUCCCCGUGCCAAACACCGAUUAUCGCACCCUAUAUCUUGCUCCAAACGGUAGCCUCUCUCCAGAGCUCCCCAAUCAGAGUAGUACCGCCGUACACAACUCAGAGGACCAAUGGUCUAUCUCGAAAUUCAAGCAUACUAUUGCCCAGCCGAGUAGGCUGCUCGGUCUCCCCAAGGUAGAGCUCUACAUGAGCUGCGAUGCACUGGAUGACAUGGUUGUUUUUGUACAGCUGCGUAAACUCAGCAAGGAAGGCAAAGAGCUUGGACAACUGCAAUUUCCCUUCAGUCGAGCCCCGGUCGACUCCAUGGACGAGAUUGCGCAGACAGACAGAGUCAGCUUGACGACCCACCAUGGUUCUAUCGGCAUUCUGCGCGCUUCUCAGCGAAAGAUCGACCCACAUCGAUCGAUUCACGUCCAAUUUCCAUUCCACCCUCAUGAUGAAGUUCAAAAGGUCCCGAAGGGGGAAGUGGUCAAAUUGGAGAUUGGCAUCUGGGCCAUGGGCGUCGACUAUGAAGAGGGUGAGAGCAUUCAAGUUGAUAUUAUGGGCCAGUACCCCGGUUUCUCUGAGGUCGCUGCUUUCUCUAAGCCAAGACCCGAUUAUGAGAAGAAUAAGGGCGAGCAUGUUGUCCACUUUGGCGGCGAAUACCCCAGUCGAGUCAUUCUCCCAUUCAUUCAACAGUAG